AUGGGCUCUUCAAGCACCACCGCGACCGCACUGGAGCAGAAAGGCUCAGACGAGGAAAUGGUUCUAAAUGACCUGCACAUCGAGACGGGGGACCAAAAUGCCGUGAAAAACUUGUUAGACGACACCAUUGUCGAGUUUUUUAAAGAAAAUAAGAAGUAUCAGCUGCACUAUGGCUGGGAUAACGCCAAAAUGAUACUCAUGGCGGUAGCAAUUAUCAUUGCGGCCAUCUCUCACUUUUACAAACCGUCUUUUAUCUCUGAGAAUGUCCUCAUAUAUAUCUGUGUUUCGGGAUUCUUUUUCAUUCAAGCGUUGUUGGUCGCUUACGCCACGUUUAUUGAAAAGGACAUUCUUUUGCGCAUGACCCGAGCGGGAUCGAAUCCUGGUAAAACCAUUCUGGUGCGGACGACAUUUCCAUACUCCGAGGCGCACUACACCGUCAGUAUUCAUCAAGCUGACGCGAAGGAGAAACCACGAAAGGAAGAAUUAUACGUUGGUCGUUUCUUUGACAAGGAGGGUUAUUUCAGCAAAGAAGCUUUCUUAAAAGACAUUGAGACCGUCCUCUCGCGUUUUGAACAAAAAGACAAGAAGCAGUAA